AUGGCGGACGGACCACCGGCGCCCGCACGGAAGCCUAAGAAAGUGCCGAGGUACGAUGAAUACGGCAACUAUUUGGGGGACGUAAGGGAGGACGAGCUCCAGGCAAUUGAAGCUGCAGCAGCGAAGCAACGAUCGCCACCACCACCUGUGGCCCCAGCCGAUGCACCGUCCUUGUUUCCACCCAAUGGUGCCGCUCGGCCUGCGCCUAUGGCUGCGCCAAAGCCGACACGAAGACCAGUGCCACGGCCCAGUGGACCUUUGUACUAUUGUGGACUCGAUACGACGUUGCUAUCGCAGCCCUCUCGCUGCACGUUUGCGGCAACGUCUGAGCUAGAGCUCAUGCUCCACCGCGCCGACAGGCACCUUGUAUACCCUCCUGGCGGCAUGGAUGAGCUACGAAGACGUGACCCUAUGCGCAUAGCCGAAGAACGUGAGCAUCUAGCGCGGCAACGCAAAGGUAAUGCGCGUGCAGCGGACGGCCCCUCCGACUCGACGAUUCUGGGCCUGAAUAUCAAGUUGGAUACCCCGGAGCUCAUUGAAGAAUGGAUAAGACAGCGCAAGAAAAGGUUCCCGACUGCUGCACUCAUUGAACAAAAGCAGGCGCGUAUUCGACUUCGUGAGCUGCCGAGAUCGAACGCACAGGUGCCACGCGCCCCAUCUUCGACAAACGAGGCGUCGGGCGAUCCGUCUUUCCAGGCAGCCGGUCCGCCCUCAACUUCUGCGUCUGAUGCCUCGCUUGAUGCAAAAAGGGCCCCGGCAAAUCAGUCUCAUGCGCCGGACACUUCGUCGGGCUCGUCCGACUCUGACACUGACUCGGACUCGUCAUCAGAGUCGUCCAAUUCAGAUAUGGACCCAGUGCGAGACGCGGUCUCGUCGAAGUUGGACCCUAGCGACCCACCUGCGUCCGAGGAACGCAACAGCGCUCGUACGCCGCAGCACCCGUCUUCUAAGCGGGCAUCGACCGACGGUGAGACUUCUCUACGCCCCAAGCGCCGCGCCGUGCCACGGCGCGCUGCACCGAACCCGUUCGAGGUGCCAGAUUUGCUCCGACAGCUGCUGGAGCGCGAGAUCCUGCAGCAUGUGGAUGCCCUAGCGCAGUGGCUCGAUUUUGUGCUGGACAACAACUUUUUGGCGAGCUUGGAGCGACACCGUGGCGAGGCAGCGGCACAGCGCGCGCGGCGCGCCAGGGUCACGGACCUGUCAGCGGAGCUGGCGGCGCCUGUGCCUGGCACUGGUACUGCUUCUACGGCGGCACUGCCGCCGGUUGCAUCACCUCCUCUACGAGCGCUCGAUGAGCUGCUGUGGCCCGACGAGCCCGAUCCAUUGAUCUACCUGGAUCCGCUGCGUGCUGCGGACCCGAAGCCGUUGCGGCUGAGUGAGCUGGAGACACUUGCUAUGGAUCCUACACUGCGAGCGAUAUUGCAACCGACAUCCUCAUUGCACCCCCGUGGCGAGGACAAUCACGCGCUGCGUCGUGCCCUCGAGACGUGGCGCGCUCUUCCGACGUCGCGUCACCGCGAGGCAGCCCUGCAGCUGAUCCUCGGCGUGGGAGCCGACAGCCCUGUGCAUGCCCACGAGGCGUAUGCACCUGCCUACCAGCGUGUGCGCGGGGCGCCGCGCGGCACACACAUGCAGCAGGGGCGGGUCAUUGGCGAGACGGAGCUCUUUCGGCUCGGGCUGCCACAUGGCUGA